AAACAAUCCAAAGAAAUUCGGGAGACAUUCGCAGAUUUACUCAUCUGCUAUCUUCUUAUUAAAUUAAGAUUAAACAAAUAUCCAUUUACAUUGAAAUUGCAAUCAGACUUCAGUUUUAGUAUAUCUGACAAAAAUGUAUCUGCCAAGGUCGAAUUUAGCAUAUUAAAGGAAAAUGCGAUAGUUUUUAUAGAUGAGGAUAAACACAUAUGUAGUUUGAGACAAACAACAGAAUAUAGAAAAUCACAGAUAUUUGCUGAAAUUCUCGUAUGUGCUUUUACCAAUUUUGACAAUGCUGACAGUCCCACAAUAGGAGAAAGUCAAACGGUCUAUACAAUGAGAGUUAUUGGAAUAAG